CACCACGCCUCUCUUUUUCCUUUUUUCGUUCCAGCCAAAAUUAUAACAAACCCUCUUAUUAUCUGACCUAUCGCUCGCAUCGCUGACCUUUCAUCUCAUUUGCACUCGGAAGCCUCUCGAAUCCAGGGCGACAGGUUCUGAUACAUCACUUACACCAACUCUCUCCCUCUCUCUCUCCCUCCACCACUGCCCUGUGCCACGACAACCGCAAGCUCCGUCCUUCGCCAUGGUCUACGAAGCCACGGUCUCUGCACCUGUCAACAUUGCUUGUAUCAAGUACUGGGGCAAACGCGAUACAAAGCUCAUCAUCCCUACGAACUCGUCCCUGUCCAUCACGCUCUCUCAAGAUCAUUUACGAUCCACGACGACUUGCCGGGCUGAUCCACGGUUCGAACGAGGCGAUAGACUUUGGUUGAAUGGAAAGGAAGAAGUCAUAAAGGAGAAUGGGAGGACUUGGGUGUGUAUCGAAGAACUCAGACGGUGGAGGAGAGCAAUGGAAGAGAAGGAUAAGAAACUGCCAGAGCUCUCCGAGAUGCCCCUUCGCAUUGCGUCCUACAACAAUUUCCCCACAGCUGCCGGCUUAGCAUCCUCUGCAUCUGGCCUCGCAGCACUUGUUUCAUCCCUCUCGACUCUGUUUUCCCUUCCCCAAACGCCAUCUCAACUCAGUCUCAUCGCUCGUCAAGGAUCAGGAUCAGCCUGUCGCUCUCUCUUCGGUGGAUUCGUAGCUUGGCGAGAAGGUUUGGCCUCUGACGGUUCCGAUUCCAUGGCUCAACAAGUCGCGCCUGAGACUCAUUGGCCCGAAAUGCAAGCUCUCAUCUGCGUCGUCUCAGAUCAGAAAAAGGCUACGUCCUCUACGGCUGGAAUGCAAGCGACUGUCGAGACGUCUGCUCUGUUCCGCCAACGUCUUCAAGUCGUCCCGUCGCGCAUGGACGCCAUUGAAUCAGCUAUUAAACAAAAGGAUUUUGAAUCAUUCGCAAAGAUCACCAUGGCGGAUAGCAAUACCUUUCACGCCUGUUGUCUCGAUACGACUCCACCCAUCUUUUAUAUGAACGAUGUCUCUCGAUCCAUCAUACAACUCAUCGAACAGCUCAACAAGGCGAAUGGGAAACCUCUCGCAGCGUACACAUUUGAUGCUGGACCCAACGCAGUGAUUUACACGCUUGACAAGUACAUGCCAGUCGUCAUCAAGGCUGUUCAGCGGUUCUUCCCUCCUGCUCAGGAUCUCGAAGAUCGAUUGAAUGUCAUGCCCGCAGUGGAGAAGGCCGGUUUUCCAAUGAUGUUUGACGAAAGCAAGGUCGUCAAGUGGGAGAAGGGAGCUGUAAAGGGCUUGAUCCACACGACAGUGGGUGAUGGACCGAGGGUUAUGGCAAGAGAGGAAGGGCUGUUGAAUGAAGUAGGCGAGCCAAAGGUGCUGGCGUAGACUGCGGGGCAGGAGCGGCAGAUGGCUUAUAUGGUCCUUGAGUCCUUGAACAAGACGUCUGCUCAGUCGGGCGGUACUAGUGACCUCAGGUUUUGAAUAGAGGCAUCAUAAGUGCACAAAACAUAGUACAAUAUGAAUAAUAGAACGCACA